AUGAGCAGCUUCAUCACUUGCCGUGACGCUCACGAAGAAGAGAUCUCAGCCGUGGCUAGAUCACUCCAUACAUCAUGUANNNNUAGCAGGUAUCCCAGAAGAGUUACUGUUAUUGGUAGUGGUAACUGGGGUUCGACCGUCUCACGUCUGGUUGCUAUCAGAGCAACUCGUGAUGGUAACAAGUAUUAUGAUGAGGAAGUGAGGAUGUGGGUAUUUGACGAAGAAGUUGAUUACAAGGGCGAGAAGCGAAGUUUGGUCGAUGUUAUUAAUACACAUCAUGAAAAUGUGAAGUACCUGCCUGGUAUCACACUCCCCGAUAAUGUUGUGGCCAAAGCUGACCUCAAAGAGGCUGUUGUCGGACUGUAUGAGGACUAUCCCAUCCAUAGAUACAUAUGUGAUGGGGCCGCUAUGCCCGAGGACUAUCCCAUCCAUAGAUACAUAUGUGAUGGGGCCGCUAUGCCCGAGGACUAUCUCAUUCAAGGAUACAUAUGUGAUGGGGCCGCUAUGCCCGAGGACUAUCUCAUUCAAGGAUACAUAUGUGAUGGGGCCGCUAUGCCCGAGGACAAUCUCACUCAAGGAUACAUAUGUGGUGGGGCCGCUAUGCCCGAGGACUAUUUCAUUCAGAGAUACAAAUGGAAUGGGGCCGUCAUGCCCGAGGACAAUCUCAUUCAAGGAUACAUAUGUGAUGGGGCCGCCAUGCCCGAGGACAAUCUCAUUCAAGGAUACAUAUGUGGUGUGGCCGCUAUGCCCGAGGACUAUCCCAUUCAUAGAUACAUAUGGAAUGGGGCCGCCAUGCCCGAGGACAAUCUCACUCAAGGAUACAUAUGUGAUGGGGCCGCUAUGCCCGAGGACAAUCUCAUUCAAGGAUACAUAUGUGAUGGGGCCGCUAUGCCCGAGGACUAUCUCAUUCGAGGAUACAUAUGGAAUAGAGCCGCUAUGCCCGAGGACUAUCCCAUUCAAGGAUACAUUAUGAAGAGACCACUACGAGAUCACGGACUGUCCAGACAAAGGACAAGGCAACAGAAAAACUCUGAGUAG